CGCCGACCGCAAAGCAUACACGCACGCACGCAACGGAACCAUGACCUCUUGGGGCUACAGCACCAAGAACGGGCCGGAUACGUGGGUGAGUCGGUUCCCACUGGGCGGCGGCCAGCGCCAGUCGCCUAUCAACAUCGAGACUGCAACGACGCUGUCCGACCGCGCCAUCGACCAGCAGCCGCUGGUGAUCCGAUACGAGCCGGCCGCGCCGCAGCCGCUCACCAACACCGGCACCGGCUGGCGCGUCGACUUCGACUCGGGCAGCUCGACGAUCAGCGGCGGCCCGCUGCAGGGCGAGUACGAACUGGCGCAGUAUCACUGCCACUGGGGCCGGCAGAACGAGCGCGGCUCGGAGCACACCGUCGACGGCCGCCGCUACGCCGCCGAGCUGCACCUGGUGCACUUCAACAAACGCUACGGCAGCUUCGCCGCCGCCGCCGAUAAGGAGGACGGCCUGGCCGUCAUUGGCUUGUUGCUGGAGAUCGGCACCGAGAACCCCGAGCUGCGCAAAGUCACCGACAGCCUGUCGACGAUCCAGUUCGCCGGCAGCAGCGUACGAAUCGCCGCCACCGACCCGGACCUCUUCCUGCCAGACACGACGCGCUACUGGACGUACGAGGGCUCUCUCACCACACCGCCGCUGUACGAGAGCGUCACCUGGAUAGUCUUCAGCCAGCCCGUCACCAUCUCGCAGGACCAGCUGGACCAGUUCCGGCACCUGAAGAGGCGACCGUGCGACAGCGCGCCGGCCGACGACAGCGACGAUGACGACGGCGUCAUCGCCGACAACUUCCGGCCGCCACUGCAGAUCGGGUCGCGCACCGUGCGCAGCGCCGCUCUGUCGCUCCGGACCCGACACUGAGGCGGCCC